AUGAAGAAGCCAACGUUCGUGCUCAUGUGCGGGUCGAGCCGCAAGGGGUCCCACAACGCGAAGCUAUUGGAGUCCGUGCGGUCGCGCCUGGCCGCCGAGGACGCCGCCUGCGAAGUCGUGGACCUGGACGCGCUGCAGCUCCCGAUCUACAGCCAGGACCUGGAAACGGCGUCGAUGCCGCGCGCCGCCGUGGAGCUCAAGGAGAAGCUCGUCGCGGCGACGGGAUUCGUCAUCGCGUGCCCCGAGUACAACGGCAUGCCGACGCCCCUGCUCCUGAACGCGAUCACCUGGGCGACGCGCGGCGAAGGCGGCAUGUACGCGGGGUUCCAGAACAAGUGCGCGAGCGUCGUCGCGACGUCGCCGGGCCCCAUGGGCGGCUUGCGCAUGGUCCGGACGAUGCACACGAUGCUGCAGGACAUGGGCGCGGUCGUCAUCACGCCGGCCGUCGCGCUCGGCGGCGCGGGCAAGAUCUUCGACGACAGCGGCGCGCUCGUCGACGCGCGGUCCGCGGGCAAGGUCGACGCGCUCUGCGGCCAGCUCAUGCACUUCGCGCGCUUCCAGGCGAACCGCGACAAGGACGACUGCAUCGUCCGACUGAUCAACGAGCAGAAGGUCAUGGGCGAGUACGGGUCGACGGAGUAG